AUGUUGGAACUCCGUCUCGUGCAAGGUUCCCUUCUCAAGAAGGUUCUCGAUGCCAUCAAGGAGCUCGUCAACGACGCCAACUUCGAUUGCUCCUCCACCGGCUUCUCCCUUCAGGCCAUGGACUCCAGCCACGUGGCGCUCGUCGCCUUGCUUCUCCGAUCGGAGGGGUUCGAGCACUACCGCUGCGACCGCAACAUCUCCAUGGGCAUGAACCUCGGCAACAUGGCAAAGAUGCUCAAGUGCGCUGGCAACGAUGACAUCAUCACUAUUAAAGCUGAUGACGGUGGUGAUACCGUCACUUUCAUGUUUGAAAGCCCUACGCAAGAUAAGAUUUCUGAUUUUGAGAUGAAGUUGAUGUCCAUUGACAGUGAACAUCUUGGGAUUCCGGAGGCAGAGUAUCAUGCCAUUGUUAAGAUGCCAUCUUCUGAGUUUGCUAGAAUCUGCAGGGAUCUUAGUAGCAUUGGUGACACUGUUGUUAUUUCGGUGACUAAAGAGGGUGUCAAGUUUUCCACCAAAGGAGAUAUUGGAACUGCUAAUAUAGUUUGCAGGCAGAAUACUUCGGUAGACAAGCCUGAGGAAGCUACAUUGAUUGAGAUGAAUGAACCUGUGUCCUUGACGUUUGCCCUGCGGUACAUGAACUCUUUCACCAAGGCAACACCGUUGUCUAAUACAGUUACGAUUAGUCUGUCAAAUGAGCUGCCGGUAGUGGUUGAGUACAAAAUUGCUGAGAUGGGUUAUGUUCGGUUUUAUUUGGCUCCAAAGAUAGAAGAGGAUGACGAAGAAACAAAACCUGAAGUUUAGUUUAUUUUUGAAUGGACUCCGAGGAUAGAAGAGGAUGAAGACACAACCUGAAGUUUAAUCUAUUUCUGAAUGAAUUGGGAUGUAAGGAUUUUAAUACGGUUGCACUUAGGAUGCUGUUAUAUAUUUUUUGUUUGAAGAUAUUUUAACUGUUCAAAAAAUUUGCUAAUUUAUGAAUUCUGUAGAAGAGAUGUAUUGUACUAUUGUUUCUUCACCACCUUGUUUUCCCAUUUUAUUGGUAAUUAAUUCAGUGUGAAACAAUUGGUGUACA